CUUCAUCUUCUUUCUUGCUCUCUCUCUCUCUCUCUCUCUUCCCCCCUUCCCACGGGAAUCUCUCGUUUCUUCCCUGCUCCAUGUUUCCAUCGACGAUCCUUUAAAUCGGUUCUUGUUCUUGUUCAUCUCCAUCGACCCACCUCGUCGUUCAGUUCGCUCUCUCCACAAGAACCGCAUUUUCCAUUUCUCUACGGGGAAUAGGAACACUCACUCGAUUAUCACCGACCUUCGCCUUUUCGUGACUGACAAAUUCUGUUUUUAACCCCCCACCUCACCUUUUUCCUUUAUGGUCUCUGUUCCAAGUCCCUCGUUCAUUCCAUAAUUUUCGAUGUCCGGACGGCCUGGUCUCACAGAGAAGCGUCUGUCCGCUCAUCGCUUCCAGCAAAUCCCCGAUCACACUCCUGACACCAUGCACAAUCCCAAUGAUGUUACCAUCGACAUUCCCUUGACCAGCGUCUCCAGUCGCGGGCAGACUGGCGCUCGCAACAACAGUGUUCACACCCCCCGUUCACCCUCCGCUUAUCCGCCCCCAACAGACAGCGAGGAUGUUACUGCCCACACCAACACCAGCGAGAAGGCAGGCCUGGUGUCAUUGCCUCCCAGCUCUCAUGGCUUUGGUCACCGUCGUCGCAAGAUUAUCGACGAAGCCUCUGGUCGUGCGCUGGAUGACCCCGAGGACGGCACCGUCACGCGCAUGGGCCGCAUCUAUCAGGCCGUCCUCAACUUCUCCUUCGUCACUCGUUAUAUGAUCUACGUUGCGCCUGUCGCCUUGCUGAUCGCUAUCCCCAUAAUCGCCGGAGCAACUGUCGCAGAGAAUGCGAAAAUCGGCGGUGUCUCCCUUCCCUGGUUCUUUUGCUGGAUUGAAGUCGUCUGGGUUUCUUUGUGGGUGUGCAAAAUUGUCGCCCGCUGUUUGCCCUAUCUGUUCCAAUUCCUUUGCGGAAUUGUCAGCUCGGGAACCCGGAAGUAUGCUCUCAUUUUGCGGAAUCUGGAGAUUCCAAUCACCACCGUGCUCUGGAUGAUUGUGUCUCUCGUUACCUUUUUACCGGUUAUGACCCAGAACCCAAGGAAACAGGCCGAAGGCGACACAUCCACAAAGGACUGGGAAAAGUCGGUGAAAAACGUGCUCUUCGCACUUCUGCUCUGCAGUUUGAUCUUCCUCGGCGAAAAGACCAUCGUUCAGCUCAUUUCGAUCAGUUACCACCGCAAGCAGUUCGAUACCAAGAUUAAGGAAUCGAAGCGCAAUAUUUAUCUAGUCGAAACUCUCUACGACGCCUCCCGCAGCAUGUUCCCCAUGUACUGCAAGGAAUUUCGCGAUGAUGAUGCUAUUAUCUCUGACUCCAUUCUCGCGCAAGCCCCCGACGUUCGACCGGGUCAUCUGCGUACGAGCUCGUCUGCUCCACUGCGACUGAUUCGCGGGGUUGGCCAAGGGGUUGGCCAAAUCCGGGGCAAGAUCACGGCUGCGAUUGGUGAUGUGGCGCAUGAGAUUACGGGGAAACAGGUCUUCAACUCUGCGACUGCGCGAUCUGUCGUCACCGAAGCGCUAGAGCGCCGGCGAUCUACCGAAGCCUUGGCGCGGAGAAUUUGGAUGUCUUUCGUGGUCGAAGGCCGCGAAGCUUUGUUUUUUGAUGACAUUGUCGAGGUCCUUGGUGCUGGCAAGGACACCGAAGCAGAGGAGUGUUUCAUGAUGCUCGAUCGCGACGGAAAUGGCGAUAUCAGUUUGGAUGAGAUGGUCCUCGCCAUUACCGAAAUCGGGCGCAUGCGCAAGUCGCUGAACCAUAGUCUGCACGACGUCGAUCAGGCAAUCCACGUCUUGGACAACCUGCUGGUCACAGUUGCCUUCAUCAUCGGGGUUUUGGUCUUUAUCUCGUUUGUCACGAGCGGUUUUGGUACUGUCAUCGCCGCCGGUGCCACCUCUCUCCUGUCCUUGUCCUUCAUCUUCUCUACCACGGCCCAAGAGGUCUUGGGUUCCUGUAUCUUCUUGUUCGUCAAGCACCCGUUCGACAUUGGGGACCGUGUCGAGGUCAACAGCCUGCCAUACGUUGUGGAGCGUAUUUCCUUGCUCUUUAGUGUUUUCCGGAGUGUGACCGAUCAUCGCGUGACCCAGGUUCCCAAUGCCGUCCUCAACACUCUCUGGAUCGACAACUUCACCCGUUCCAAAGCUAUGCAGGAAAAACUGACAGUCCAUGUCAGCUUCGACACCACGUUCGCCGAUAUCCAGCUUCUCAAGGAUGAACUGGAGACUUUUGUCCGUGACAAGGACAAUAGCCGUGACUUUCAGCCCGACGUGGAAGUGGAUGUCGCCGGGGUUGGCGAUAUGGACAAACUUGAGCUUACGGUGCAUAUUUGCCAUAAAUCCAACUGGUCCAACGAGGCAAUCCGCGUGGCACGCCGCUCCAAGUUCAUGUGCGCCUUGGUCGCUGCUGUUCGCAAGAUCCCUCUCCACGCUCCUGGCUACACCCCACCAGAAGAGACAUCCGCUGAUGACAGCGAGGACAAGCCUGAUGAACAACCCGACGAGAAGGCCUCCAAACCCGCUGCGAACCAACAAUAUACCGCCACCGAGGGAGCGCACCGUCUCGCUGUCCCAGACACCAGCUUCACCGAUUCUUCGAGAUCCACAGGCUUCGACCUAGGUCGCGCCGCAUCCAUCCAGCGUCGUGGAGCUGCUGCCGCCGCCGCCUCCAUGGGAAGCUCGUACAGCGACGGUGCCUACAACAAUAUGAGUACCAGCACUACGGACGGAUCCCACGACGGAGAUAGCUAUCAAACCCCUGGUGUCUCCCCUCGUCAGGACCAACAACUCGGCGUCCACUACGGAUCUCUCACCCGGGAGCCAUCCACCGGCCGCAGGAAGGAAGGUACACAGCCCCCCUACUCCUACGGGACGAGUGGCGUCCCUAUCAUCAACGAGCCUACCCCGCCUUCUCGUCUCCAGGGCCCUCCUCAGCCAGAGCCGCAACAGGAGCAGCCGGCAUCCGAUCCAUACCCCUACCCGGGACAUUAUUACGAGGGUGCAGAGGAUUCCAGCCAGCCCCUCGAGCUUCCAUCC